GAAAAGCCAUGUGAAGGAGCCUUCGUCUUCGUCUCGUCUCCCACCUUACUCUCCUCUUUCUCUUGCCCCCUGCAAAAAAGACGCUGUGGUUUCCUUCUCUAUUGAUCUUGGAUGUGGCAAGCUCUCUUAGCAGCUGCAGUAGCAGGAUCUACGGGGUUCCUCGCUAAGCACUUCCUUGGCCCCAAUGCUGAUCGCGCCGUCGCCAACCUGACAGAUAAUGCUUUUCAUAGAGAAAAACAAGCUCCCGAAGAACCCCAGACUCCUCCGAUCAAAACUACCUCUAUCGAAUCUGCCUGUGUGAGUAACUGUGAAAAUGGAGAUGCGAUCUUCAGGUUUUCGAGUUCUGGUUCCACUUGCAAAAGUGAGUGUCAAUCUAGGUCCAAAAUUUUGCGAAAGAAAGUUGGGGCUAGGGCUCGUCGCGUGAUAAAAUCAGUUGGUUCUGCUAAAACUGACAAAAAAAGUGGUGCUGGCUUAGAUUUGUGUAGGAGGAGAGUUGCUGUUUCCUUGAAGAAGAUGAAAACCUCUAAGAACGACGUCAAGUGCGGAUCGUGUUCCAAUAAAGAUAAUUCUCUUUUUGGAUGGGGCCUUGGUGUUGGAAUAAUGUAUAUGAUGUCAGCUGGGAAAUCUGAGAUCAGUAAGCUGAACGCAACAAUGGAUGAGACGACAAAAGUUGUUGAGGAAUUAAAGACUGAGCUUUAUAGAAGAAAAUCAUCACGGACCAUUCAAGUUUGUAGUUCUGCAAAUGAAGUCACUGCAAACUCAAAAAGAAUAAGUGGCAACAAUAGACAAUUGCUUCUUAGUAAGUCUAUUAAUGACAAUGGAGGUCCUCAGGCUAUCAAUGUGUCUGGUCUCCCUACAGUAGAUGAUGGUGAAUAUCCAAGUAGUGUACUUACAGAAGAACCAGAGCCUGAGUUGCUGGAAAUGGAUCAACUAGAGGCAGAGCUAGAGUGUGAACUGCAAAAGCUCCCUUGGUGCUUCACAGAAGGUUCUAAUGAUGAAGCAAUAAGAAAUAAUCCAAGCAAGGCUGAUGUUUCUGGCAAUGGAUUUCAUGCACUGUUGGAGCCGGGUUCUGAAUCUAUUCAGUGCCAUGGAGUGUUGCCAACAGAACUGGAUAAGAAACUAUGCCAUGUUCUGAUUGAACAGCAGAAAAACCAAAUUGAGGAGCUGGAAUCUGAAUUGCAGAAAGCACAAUCCAAGAUCCUUCAAAAGGAAGCUGAACUUCAAGCAUUGAAGGAUUGUGUUAGACGUCUGACUGAAUUCUCUCUAUCAACAGUCUCAGAUGAUGAAGCAGAGCUGAAAGAGGAGCAGGAGCUCAGCAACACAUGGGAGCACCAUAUCAAUACAGGAUCUUCUGAGCCAAGAAAGUCUGUGAUAGGGAUGAAGAGACCUAUUGAUUUAAACUGACAUCACCUAUCUUGUUAGUUGAGAAGGUAACUUAAUAACGCACCAAUUAUUUGCCGUCAGAUUUAAUACAAUAUGUGGGCGCCUCAGAAAAUCAACCUCGCAUUUAGUCCCUAACGUGCAUAUUGCCUGUGUAUAAAAACUUGAGGUAUGUGCAUAUUGCCAUUCCUUACUGCAACGCCCUCCUGAGUUUCUGAGCAUCUUCCGUGAGGAUAUAUUUAGUGUUUUCUUACUCAGAUUAUAUAAUGGUAAUGUUUGAUUGUUUUCGUUAAAAAAAAAAAAAAUUUGAGGUACUCCUUUAUUAUUUUAGUAUUAGAAUUCAAAACUUUUAGUCAUCCUCCUUGCUUUAUAAUAUUUUGCAUGUAAUUCUUUGUAUGUUAUCUUUAAUAUCUAUGCCUAGUGUCUGGAGCCAAGACUAUUGCUUGCUCCGACUCAAUGACAACAUUUUGACUUAGGCUAAGCCCUACCUCCAUAGUCAUGUUCAUUUGUUAGUGCUAGAUAGGAAGCCUGUAACCAAGCUUGACUUUGUGUUUCCUUGUCGGGUGGGAAUAAGCUUACCCUAUUUGGCCAUUCAUAUUGUUGAAAUUACUAUAUUGGUUCUGAUGAAAUCUCUUGGUUUGUUGUGUCGUGGAAGGCAAAUAUUGGAAAGAAAGUGAUAUAUAACACAAUGGCGGUUGGUUAUGAAGUGAUAUAUAAUAGAAUGGUGGGGUAUGGCAGGCUUACAAUUUUUCCAUCCAGGUGGCCCCAGUUUGCCCCAUUCCAUGUUCUGUUCUUCACUGCAUUUUCGACUUGUCAUUGGAGCAUUAUUCUUGUGGGUUGCUUGGCUCAGACGACCAAACCCUAGUUUCAGAUGCACUCUUUUCUUUUCUCUUAUUUGUUUCUUUUUCUUUUUUUUUUUUUAAAAAGAAAAAUUUAGUUUUGUAAGUUGAAGGCAAGCAAAAGCGUACUGGUUAGAAGCCUGUCGGGGAAUGGAUGAACAAUGGUAGUUAAGGAA